CUCCGCUCGCCGCCGCCGCUCGGGGCUCCGCGCUGCUGCCGGGGCUGCGAUCUGCUCCGUGCCCGGCUGCCGGGGCUCCGCUCCGCUCUGUGCCCGGCUGCCGGGGCUGCGAUCCGCUCCGUGCCCGGCUGCCGGGGCUGCGAUCCGCUCCGUGCCCGGCUGUGGGGGCUCCGCUCCGCUCCGUGCCUGGCUGCGGGGCUGCGAUCCGCUCCGUGCCCGGCUGCGGGGGCUGCGAUCCGCUCUGUGCCCGGCUGCCCGGGCUCCGCUCCGCUCCGUGCACGGCUGCCGGGGGUCUGCUCCGCUCCGUGCCCGGCUGCCCGGGCUCCGCUCCGCUCCGCUCCGCGCCGCGGGGCCGCGCAGGAUGCCGCGGGAGGCCGAGCGCCCGGCGCGGGGGAGCCGCCGCGGCCGCCGCCCCAGGCUCCUGGAGAUGCUGCUGACUGCGCUGCACCUCCCUGUGUGAGCCAGCAGAGAAUGGAAGUGACCGGAGUCAUCUGGGCAAAGGACCCUUCACCAGGCACUGGGAUGGUGUCCCUCUGGAGAUGGGAGUUACAAAUGGCCUUGUGAACUGCACAGACACCUGCACUGCCACACACCUUGCACAGCAGUCCCAGACUGCCACAGGGCAGGCAGACAUUGGCCACAGCAGCUCAUCCUGUUAACUCCUCUGCAAAAGCCUUUGUGGAAGAGCUUUCCUUCUCCUCCUGUGAAUGCCAGCAGUGGGUGUCCGUGCCCCGUGUGCCUGCCGGCGGGGUGGGCAGCAGGCCGUGCAUCGCCCCCUUCCCCAGCGAGACCCGAGCAGGGAGCCCUGCAGCUCUGUCCCGGGGGACAAAUGCCAGCUGCCAGACUCUUCUCUGGAGACCCAGGAGCAGCCUGCGAGGCACCAGCACUGACUGCUCCCACGGCAGCAGCGGGCAGCCCGGGACGCCUCUUGUCACAGAUGUGACUCACGCAGGACAGGAGCGCUCAGCUGCAGGGCACGGCAUGCAGCAGGGACGGGGAUGCUCUGCGCUGACCGGGCAGCCUCACGCUGCUAGUGCCGACUUUCCUCCUGCUUUUCCCUAAAGGAUGCUGGCUGCACAUCCAGAAGCUCCUGCUGAUGCAGCCUCCUAGAGUGCCAUGGCGAAGGGUGUGCAGGGCUGCUCGUGGACCAUGCUGCUGCUGUUCUGCGCCAUCCAGGAGCUGGGCUCCUGGGCCAUGCACACGGCGGUGGAGGGCCCUGGCCUCGGGGAGCCCGGGGAUCCUGCACUGCUGGCCAGCGGGCGAGUGAAGCGGGGCUGGGUCUGGAAUCAGUUCUUUGUGGUGGAGGAGUACACGGGCACGGAGCCGCUGUAUGUGGGGAAGAUCCACUCGGACUCGGAUGAGGGAGACGGCUCCAUCAAGUACACCAUCUCCGGGGAGGGCGCAGGGACCAUCUUCCUCAUCGAUGAGAUCACAGGUGACAUCCACGCCACCGAGCGCCUGGACCGGGAGCAGAAAACCUUCUACACGCUGCGGGCGCAGGCCCGGGACCGGCAGACGGACCAGCUGCUGGAGCCCGAGUCGGAGUUCAUCAUCAAGGUGCAGGACAUCAACGACAGCGAGCCGCGCUUCCUGGAGGGGCCCUACAUCGGCAGCGUGGCGGAGCUGUCCCCCGUCGGCACCUCUGUGAUGCAGGUGAUGGCCUCUGAUGCUGACGACCCCACCUAUGGGAGCAGUGCCCGGGUAGUCUACAGCGUGCUGGAGGGGGAGCAGCACUUCACUGUGGACAGCAAAACAGGUGUGAUCCGGACCGCCGUGGCAGACCUGGACCGUGAGACUCAGGACCGCUACGAGGUGGUGAUCCGUGCAACAGACAUGGCAGGACAGCUGGGUGGCCUGUCUGGCUCCACCACAGUCACCAUCGUGGUCACUGAUGUCAAUGACAACCCACCACGCUUCCCUCAGAAGAUGUAUCAGUUCAGCAUUGUCGAAACGGCCCCCGUGGGCACUGCCAUCGGGAGGGUGAAGGCAGAGGACUCUGAUGUCGGGGAGAACACGGACAUGACCUAUCAAGUGAAGGAUGAGGAAGGGGUGGAGAUGUUCAAAGUCACCACGGACAGCAAUACCCAAGAGGCUGUCAUCACGGUACAGAAGCCUCUUGACUACGAGUCAAAAAAAGUGCACACUGUCGUGGUGGAGGCCCUCAACAAGUUCGUGGACCCGCGGUUCGUGGACCUGGGCACCUUUCGGGACCAGACCAUCGUGCGGGUCUCAGUGCUGGACGUCGAUGAGCCCCCCGAGUUCCGGCCCCCCUCCAACCUGAUGGAGGUCCAGGAGGAUGCACAUGUUGGGUCUGUCGUGGGGGUGGUCACUGCCCUGGACCCGGACACAGCGAACCACCCUGUCCGGUACGCCAUCGACCGCAGCACGGACGCCGAGAGGAUCUUCGACAUCGAUGCCAAAACAGGCGCUAUUGUGACAGGGAAGGUCCUGGACCGGGAGACAGCAGGGUGGCACAACAUCACUGUCCUGGCCAUGGAAGCAGAUAACCACUCCCAGGUGUCGAGGGCCUCUCUCCGUAUCCGAAUCCUGGACGUCAAUGACAAUCCACCUGAGCUUGCUACCCCCUAUGAAGCUGCUGUGUGUGAGGAUGCCAAGCCAGGCCAGCUGAUCCAGACAAUCAGCGUUGUGGACCGGGAUGAGCCUCAGAGCGGCCACCGUUUCUACUUCACACUGGCACCUGAAGCCACCAACAACCACCAUUUCUCUUUGCUGGAUAUCCAGGACAACACGGCAGCGGUGCACACACAGAGAGUGGGCUUCAACCGCCAGGAGCAGGAUGUGUACCUGCUCCCCAUCCUGGUGGUGGACAGCGGGCCCCCAGCCCUGAGCAGCACGGGGACUCUGACCAUCCGUGUGUGUGGCUGUGACAGCAGCGGGGCCAUCCAGUCCUGCAACAGCACAGCCUACGUCGUGUCAGCCACGCUGAGCCCCGGCGCCCUCAUCGCGCUGCUGGUCUGUGUCCUCAUUCUGGUUGUGCUCGUCCUUCUGAUCCUCACGCUGAAGCGGCACCACAAAAGCCACCUGACCUCUGAGGAUGACGAGGACAUGAGGGACAAUGUCAUCAAAUACAACGACGAAGGAGGUGGUGAGCAGGACACAGAGGCCUAUGACAUGUCAGCCCUGCGCAGCCUCUACGACUUCAGUGAGAUCAAAGCCGGUGAUGGAGGUGGGGGGCCAGGAGAGGGGGGCCCAGGCAGAAACCCAGCCUCCGAGCUCCACGCCCUCCCACAGUGGGUGCAGAGCCCAGACCUGGACUUCUCUGUGUUCAGAGACUACAUCUGCAGGAAGGUGGAGCAGGCGGAUGAGGACCUCUCUGUGCCGCCCUAUGACUCUUUCCAGACCUAUGCCUUCGAGGGCUCGGACUCCCCAGUGCCCUCCCUGAGCUCCAUCAACACCUGGUCCAGCGGCUCGGAGCAGGACUUCUCCUACCUGGGGGGCUGGGGGCCACGAUUCCGGCAGCUGGCAGCGCUGUACGCGGGGCGCAGGGGUGACGAGGACAGCGAGGAGUCCUAGCUGUCCCUCCGGGACCGGGGCUCCUGGCGUGAGGGGCCACACGGGGAUCGUGUGCACCCCACUGCUCCUCUGCUGCUGCCUUCGGCUCGGCUGGGCUCCACACCCGCCUGGGGAGCCCGGAGGAGCCACCGGGGUGUCCUCAUCUCCUCAGAGCCCGUCUCCAUUAAAGCACUACGCAUUGACUUAAGAAGGAGAAAAUCUAAUUCAAGAGGGUUUGGAGAGGGUUUCUCCCCCACAAAUUAUCAUUUAAAUAGAUCUGUUCGGUGAUCCCCAUCCAGGAGAGGAAGAGCAAACCGGGAGCCUUUUGUUGUCUAAAUUGUUUUUGUCACUUGAGUCAGAGCAUUUAAAGAGCUUUGAUUUCUUUAAGAGCUUUCCUUGCUGAGGGAAACAAGCUUUUAACUUCUGUUCAGAUUUUCCCCUAAGUUUACUUGCUUUUUGAAGUCUUCCUUCUCGCUGCUCCCUCUGGGGCUGUCAGUAGCCCCCGGCUGCGGGCACGGUGUUGGAGGGAGGGUGCCACGCUGGGAUCACAUCCUGCAGGGUGGCUGCUCACCUCAAACCAGGUUUCCCUUCCGUGCUGCAAUCACUUCGCCCCUGUCUUGUGAUCGCGGAGGUGCUGGUGAUGUGAAGGGGAUCCCAAACCCUCCCUGCACAGCUGACACUGUCUGUGAAGUCCCGGUGUGCCCCGCAGCCCCAGUGGCAGACAGGGAUGUCCCACCUGUAACCGAGGCAGAUGCUGUGGCCUGGGCCAGAGCAGCUGCAGUGCUGGGGAGGGCCAUCGGAGGGGCACAGAGCAGCACCCCCAGCUGGGCUCCGCCAGCCCCUCACACAGGACUUGGCUUUUGCAGGGCUCCCAGCCAGGCACUGGUUGUCACCAAAUGGUGUGAGCUGCACAGGACAGCAGGCAGGACGUCAGUGCUCCCUGGCCCACAGUGGCUGGGGAAGAGCUGCAUUCCAUGCAGGACCUUGCUGCAGGGUGCAGGAGAACCCCAGCCCCUGGCUGGGAAGAAUAAUUCCUGCUUGCACCCAUCUGACAGCAGAGCAUCACCAUUAGCAACAGAACAGCCAUCCCCAGGAGAUGUGUGUGAGGCCAGAACCUGCUGGCACAGCUCUGGGGCUGAGCUGGAUGCAGGUUGGGCAGCACGUCUGUGACACCUCAGGAUACCCAGGGUGUCCCCACCCCAGCACAGUAUCCUGCAACAAACCAGCAUGAGCUCCCAGCAGGACUGCUUUUGCGUGUAAUUCCUGGGUUUGGGAGGCAGGUGAGGAAGAUGCCAGUGGGAUGUUCCAGUGCUCCUUAGGCUGCAGGUGAUGCUGGAGGGAAGCACUGGGUGCCCACUGCCUUCCCAGCCUGCCAACUACCACAGGGAAAACUGAACAGCCUGUAGAAUGAUGUCCUUGCACAGCACCUCAGGCCAUCCUGGCGGGUGCAGCUCCUUAUCUGUUCAUGUUGGGAAAAAAUCAAUUCUAUCACUGAUAAGUAACUGAUACGGUCUCCCAAGGCCUGACACAUCCUGGCCUUGUCAUUGGGUUUGUCCUUUUAGUUGAAGCACAGACACUGUUUUCUCCCUUUGGAGAAGGUUUAACUGUAAAUGUACAUGCGUGUCCAUUUUUUUUCUGUGUGUUGCUUCCCGGCUGCCGGCGUUGGUCCUUUGGCUGCAGCAUGAGACCUGGCAGCGGAGAGGGGCAGGACCUGGCUUUGCCACAGUGCCUGCCCUCAGCUGCUCCUGCCACUGCCACCAUGGCCCCGUGCAGAGCCCCAGCGUGGCUCAUACUGGGACCAGGAGCCCCUCAGGGCCUCUCUGGUCACUCCAAGGAGGCGAUGGUGCUGUGGCUGGCACCUGUGCCCAGCGUGCUGCUGGUUCACUGUGAUGAUGCUGGGGAGGCAGCAGGGCCCUCGAGUGCCAGCUCUGGCCACGCCGUCUCAAGCACGCGACACCCUGCACCUCCAAGCAGGAGAACGGAGAAAUCCCUCUCUUUCCUCAGGAAUGUGUUCGUGUUUUCCCUCUGGGCUGCAGAGCUGUGCCCGAGCCCCUCCGGCACUGGCCCUUCCUCUAGCCAAGUGUUGUGCAAUAGCAGGGCUCUGUCCUAGGAGAUGGGCUCUGACAGGGUACGUGUUUAGCACCCCCAUCCCUGAGCAGCCCGUGCCCCGCGCAUGCACUCACGCUUGCGUUUUAGUUUCUGUCCCCCUGUAAACGCGCGGUGCCCGCACCCCCUGCCUGCCCCGUGGGAGGAGCUGGCAGCUGCCACCGUGUCUGAUGGAGUCCCUUCGGUUUGGUUUCUCUACCCAGAUGAAUUUAGAAGGUUGAUUUCCUCACCCUUGUUAUUUUUUUUUUUUUCAAGGUCUUUCUGGGAUCUGGAAAUAAAUUAUUUCCUUGUCGUCUA